AUGACGGAUGCGCCAGUGCCUGGUGAGACGGCACCUUUGGCAGUUCAUGAUUCUUUCAGAGCAGGCUUACGAGAGGAGGAUGCAGCGAGGCACGGUGCUGCAUCAUCGAAGCGACGGAGACCCGGUCCAUCAUUUGCACCAGCACGUCCCGUCAACGCGCCAACAAAGGCGCAGCAGGCGUUGCAACUUCAGAUGCGGCAACUGGAAUUGAAGCAACUGGCAUUGCAAGUCAAGUUGAAGCGCCGGCAAGAAGAGCAAGUCAAAGAAGUCGACCGUGUUUUGGCAGCCAAGCAACAUCAGCUCGAACGAGAACGGCAACAUGCUUUCUUGGAGGCUCGCGAGAGGGAGCGUGGUCUGGACCUUCGUCCAGGAGUGCAGAUCUCCUCUCCUCGUCAGCUCCAAGAUUCGCCCGUGGAGUCUGCCGAGGAGCUGGUGGAAGACAGCGAUGGCUCCUCACCAAGACGGCUAGUGAUUCGGGUGCAAGAUGCCCGCGCGAUAGAAAGGGGGCGGGAGAAGGCCGCGUACAAGGCUCUGAUGGCAGAGCAAGCCGCUCUCCGGGAAGUGGCUGCAAGGGACGAGGCAGCGAAGCGGGAACAGGCUGCUAGAAGGAUCCAAGCCUUCCGAAGGGCAAGCCAGGUGCAACGAGAAAAAGCCCAUGCGACAUCGGAGCGUUUGCAGCGUGCACAUCGUGAGCAAGGCGCCCCACACGGCCGGAGUGCGCCAGCAAGCCGAAGCACGAGUCCCCAAACUCGACGAGAUGAGGCAAGGCAAACAAAGGGCCGAGCUGCCUCGGAGUCGCCGCGUUUGCCCAGAAAAGCCGUCCAACCACGGAACCGGACGCCUCCACGGGCUUCUCCGUCUCCGUCGCCCUCCGCGCGGCAACCUGGGCAAGUGCGAGGUGCCUCGACUUCGCGAAAGCAGACUCGCUCAGGCCCCAGCCCGAACAGAGCACCUUCCAGAUCCCAGGCUAUCGUACCAGAAGGACGCCCUCGAGCAGCAGCUCGCAGCUUGUCCCCCGCAUCGCGCAGUCCGCCCGACCACAGAGGUCGGUGCUCGCAGGCGCGCAGUCCGUCGUCGCAAAACUCGAGGAGCCCGCAAAGGCAGUCGUCUGGUCUCGAACGUGGCUUUAGUCCUCCGGGCUUCCUGCUUCCCGACCCUCCCUCUCCACUGAAUCUACGGGAAGGCGCCAGCGUUCGGACUCCCUGGCUUCCAUCUGGCUCGCCAUCGCGGCCAUCUACCAAAGGCGAUGAACGGGAAGACAGAGCACCCGCAAGACAGAGGAGCACCAGAAGAGAGCUCCAGAUGUGGACAGCUGAGGAGCAGGGGGAGCAUUAUGGAGCAUUCCAUGCGAAGCCAUCCAUGGAGGUGACGUUUGCUGCGCCAAAGUUGCCUGUCCCGGCCCUCGCCGUGCCCAGCUCGCCCAGCUCGCGGCUGGAGCCAGCACUCGGGGGCGUUAGCAGCAGGAAGCUCAGUGGGCCCCCAGGGGCCCGCCACGACUUUGUUCAGAAUCCGACCUUCUGCCAGCCCGCGAAGGGCCGUGGGCUGCCAAGCGCAGAGGAAGCCGAGCGAAUGCUCGAGUCCCCGCUGAUGGGGGUUUACCACCCGGAGAUGCCGGCGCAGGAGGAGCAACCACGACGCGCACCGUCGCCACCGGACAGGUGCGGAGGAACUGGCAUGGCCUGGUGGGUGGACUUUGCCGGAGCCGCUCCGCCACCACAAAUCUCCCCUUGGCGCGCUGGAGAGCCCUCGCUGGGACACGGCGAAGAGCCCGAACCCUCAGACCGGCAAGGCGCUUUUGUCGGACCUGGGCCGGUUUCAGAACCAGUGGAGCGGAGGCUUGCCGAGGCGGCAAGGAUCCGAGAUGAGAAUGGCCGACGAGCCUUCGGACAGGCUGGGCAUGCUGAUAUCGCAGGCAUGCCCACAGUGCCAAGCCGCAAUGCACACGAUAGCUGGAGCGAGGCGCCAUCAGUUGGAGAGAAUUUUGCUCAUCGGCUGGGGCUGUUUCAGCGUGGAGAUCUCACACCACCACCCGUCCCUUCCCGCAACCCGUCGGAACUCUGGGAGCUGCGUGUGCGACAGACCAACUCUCAGCUGGAGAUGCUUCGCGAACUCGAGCAUCAACGUGGAGAUGCGCCUGGUGCAAGGGCCGCGAGAGUGUUCAACUUCAGUUCUUCCCCGCGAGAUUCUCCGCGUCGGAGCCAGAGUCCGAAGAGUCCAAGGAGAACUCCGGCCUUCGGUACCAGUGACCCGGUGAUCCCCUCACAGAAGAUCAUCCAGAAGUACUCGGACUAUUUCGUCUCCUCACCGAGCAAGAAGGGACAUGGCGAUCGGGCCAUGUCGGAGGCCUCACCGACGAGACGGUCAGGGCGACCUGACACCAGCCCCAAAUCCAAGCAAAAGUCCAAGGUGGUGUACCCGCGAUCACGCGAAGUACAUGCGUGGCAGGCUGCAGGUUUCGAAGCUGCCAGCGUUUACAAGGGCCUGCGGAACGCCGCCGGCCUCCGUGAAGGAUGGGGGGUUCUGAACCAGAACGAUGGCAGCACUUACGCCGGUCAGUGGGUCUCAGGCAAGCGGCACGGUGUGGGCACGCUCGUCUUCGACGGCGGCAUUUUCGAGGGUCAGUGGGUCCGGGGUGAGGCAUCCGGAAGCGGACUGGUGCGGUUUACCAACGGCGACAAAUUCGAAGGCCAGUAUUCGGGUAACCGAAAGCACGGGUUCGGCACGUAUGCCUGGGCCGACGGUGCUGUGGAGGAGGGUCCGUAUUUCAAUGGGCAGAAGACUGACUGGCACACGUGGCGUCAAGGGCCUUCCCAAUGGAAGCUGCGCUACGAGAGUGGUGCCGUGGUCGAGGCGCAGCAGGCGAACGGAAAGAAGCCAAGUCGAGCCGCCGGAGUCUAUCCGCGCUCCAAGGAACCUCGUCUCUCGCCCUUUGGAAGCUCAGAUACGUCGAAGCCAAAGCUGAAGGCGAAGGCAGCGCCGAGGCCCAAGGCGAUGGCAGCCGGACGACAGGAGGAGGAUCGCUCCGGCUCGCCCGCGGCCAGCCUCAUUGCUGACCUGCAACCCCAGGAGCCUGGACGGCCAGCCUUGAAUCAGGUCUCAGCUUCUCGGCUCCCUGACACAGAAGGGCAGCGACUCGAGGUCGGAGCCGAAGCAGCGAGCUCCAGCAACAAUCCGGCGCGCCUGGCCUUCGCCAUCUCCAAGGUGAACAGCCUCUACAGGCAGGUGGCCCUUCCGGCAGCGCAAGCCCCGGCACAAGUCAUGAUCAAAGGCAAUGUGUUCUUGAGUCUGAGUGUGCAAGCACUGCGGCUGAGGAAAACGGGCGGCCAACAGAGGCCCGAAGCGGCCGAGCCCUGUGGCCACUUGGCAGAACGCAGCGACAUGUUGCAAAUUACGGACCAGGCCAAGGCGGCCAAGGAUGCAGGCCGCUGCGAUGAGGCCAUCGAGUUGCUGCGCGCUGCUCUAGCUGGCCGGGGAGCACAGGUGGAGGUCGCAAAGUACGAGCUUGCCUUGCUUCUCUCACAGCUUGGCCGGCACGAGGAGGCAGAUACCUGGCUGCGACAGCUUGGCUUGACUUGGAAGCUGUGCCCGUCCGUGCUGGACGGGAGCUGCCUCAAGGGCCCAACAUGUCGAGGCGAAGCCAACUUAGUCGCCGCCUUUGACGAUGUGCUGCCGUCCGAGCUUCUGCGCUUGGUCCAAGAUGCUUUCAGAGCAGGAUCCCCAUUUUGGAAAGAGCACAAAUAUCCCACUCCCAGUUUCUUCUCCUACAAUGAGCCUCUGAUGCCGGAUUGCGCCGCUGCGACAGGGGCCCCGCUAAUCCGGGCCGUGGCAUCGCGCGUAAAAAGCCUGGCUGUGGCCAGCUUCCCUUCGAUCUUCGGUACCGAAGGCUGUGAGCGACGGGUCUCCUCGGUUGAGUGGUGGGCUCACACGCGCCCUGCAGGAUCCGGCAGUGGCCACCAGCUGCAUUACGACCUGGACGAGGUGAGCCUUCCCACCUUGAAGGAGGGAUCCCUUCCGCAUCACCCGCUGGUGUCCUGCGUUCUGUACCUCAGCUGCUGCUCGGCGGCCAAACACUGGAAGGUUACAGAUCAGACGCUGAACCCUGGCAGUCGUGCGAGGAGGGCAUGGCUGUGCGAGCCCAGAGUCAAUCGAGUUCUACUCUUUGACGGGGGCCUGCUGCAUGGCGUCAUCCCCAACAUUGCCUUGCAGGCAGACGACCCUGCGGAACCACGCGACCCACGUGCUACACUGAUGUUGGGCCUCUGGGGUGAGCAGGGGUUCGCCGGCUCCAUCUCCGACACAGCCGCUGGGCAGCUCGCCUGGAAAUUAGGAGCCAGUAUUCAUGUUGAGUCUAUUGCCGUGGCCUGGGGGGAGCUGAGGCAACUACCACAAGGAGCUUCCUGGCCAGAGUUGCUGCGAACGGCGACAGCAGAGGCCCCGGCCACCGCCACGCCGGCUGACCUCGCGGGCCCCGUGCAGCCUGUUUGGUGCCCAACGGGAGCUUCUGGAGCCACUGACCUCGGUGUGGAGUUCAUCGGACGAUGGUUCCUGAGCCAUGACCCCGAAGGCUUGCAGCGCAUGGUGGGCGGCACCGGCCAAAUUGACGUCGAGGAGGUGUCGAUGGAGGAGUUGCAACAGUUACGUGCUCUCGCAGAAAAUGUAAAAAGCGAGUUUAUGCACCCGACAAGUGGCAUUCUCGACUGCUUGCCACCCAUCGAUCCACAGACACGGGCGCCGACAGGACUGCGAAGCUUGGUCGUGAAUGAGGACCCUCGGAUGGUGGCAGUACCGCAGUUUCUGAGCCCAGAGGAGUGCCUGCCCCAUAUCGCUGGCCAGCUCUGA